UCGGCCAAGGCAAAUCGUCAAUCGUAUGUUGCUGCCCUCUACGUUCGUUGUAAAUUGCCUUUUCCCAUCCGUAGAUAGCUAGAGCUUGUCUGUAAAUUUUGGUCAUCCUGUCUACACACCACACCCUGGUCAUCAUGAAGACUGGGUCAUCUUACGUGCCCCAGUUUCUGGGAAGAAUGUCGUAUGAGAAGAAGGAGAUUCUUUUAAAGCUAUCUAUCCUCGUCUUCUGUAUGAUCCUCUCCUUCUCUACACGACUGUUCUCUGUUUUGCGGUUUGAGAGCGUUAUUCACGAGUUCGAUCCUUACUUCAACUACCGUACCACCCGAUUUUUGGCUGAGGAGGGCUUCUACCGGUUCCACAAUUGGUUUGAUGAUCGUGCCUGGUAUCCUCUUGGUCGUAUCAUUGGGGGAACCAUAUACCCAGGUUUGAUGUUGACCUCUGCUAUCAUCUACCAUGUACUCAACUUCUUGCACAUCAGUAUUGAUGUGAGGAAUGUGUGUGUAUUCCUAGCUCCCCUCUUCUCCUCCCUCACCACUCUGGCCACCUACCAUCUCACCAAAGAGCUCAAGGAUACCGGUGCUGGUCUAGUAGCAGCAGCCAUGAUCUCCAUUGUUCCUGGUUACAUAUCCCGUUCUGUGGCUGGAUCCUAUGAUAAUGAGGGCAUUGCAAUCUUUUGUAUGCUGCUCACAUAUGCACUCUGGAUCAAGUCUGUGAAAACUGGAUCUGUCUUCUGGGCUGCUCUUUGCUCACUGGCCUACUUUUAUAUGGUUUCCUCUUGGGGAGGUUACGUUUUCCUCAUCAACCUGAUCCCCAUGCACACCCUAGCCCUGAUGGCCACUGGACGCUUCACCCACAGGAUCUAUGUGGUGUACUGCACGGUCUACUGUCUUGGUACCAUCCUCUCCAUGCAGAUCCCCUUCGUUGGAUUCCAACCAGUCCAGUCCUCCGAACACAUGGCUGCUCUGGGUGUGUUUGGACUGUGUCAGAUCUACUGCUUUGUAGAGUAUGUAAGGUCACGUCUGAGCACACAGUACUUCAACGUUCUCAUCCGAAGUGCUGUGCUAGUAUUCGGUGCCGCCCUAGCAGCCGUAACAGCUUAUCUCUCAGCAACAGGCAAGAUCUCUCCCUGGACUGGACGUUUCUACUCCCUCCUGGAUCCAUCUUACGCUAAGAAUAACAUCCCCAUCAUUGCCUCCGUCUCUGAACAUCAGCCUACCACGUGGAGCUCUUUCUACUUUGACUUGCAGAUGCAUGUAUUCAUGUUCCCAGUUGGCAUGUAUUACUGCUUCAUGAAGCUCACCGAUGCUAACAUCUUUGUUAUCCUCUAUGGUAUCACUAGUCUCUAUUUCUCGGGUGUGAUGGUACGUCUCAUGUUGGUUCUUGCACCUGUCAUGUGCAUCCUGUCUGGAAUCGGUAUCUCAUCUGUCCUCACCACCUACAUGAAAAACCUUGACAUCACUAAACAGGAGAAGAAAUCUUCAAAGAAAGAGUACAGUGACAAUACCUACCCAAUUAAGAAUGAGGUUGCAACAGCAGUCAUUCUCCUAAUGACUUUCUUCCUCAUCACAUACACCUUCCACUGCACCUGGGUCACGUCUGAGGCCUAUUCUUCUCCUUCCAUUGUCUUGUCGGCAAGGGCCGGAGACGGUGGUAGGAUCAUCUUUGACGACUUCCGUGAAGCUUACUAUUGGCUAAGACAAAACACGCAUGAGAAUUCCAAGGUAAUGUCAUGGUGGGAUUAUGGGUAUCAGAUAACAGCGAUGGCGAAUCGGACAAUAUUAGUGGACAAUAAUACGUGGAAUAAUACUCACAUAUCACGUGUGGGCCAGGCCAUGGCAUCACCUGAAGACCAUGCUUAUGGCAUUAUGAGAGAGCUGGAUGUAGACUAUGUUCUUGUGAUUUUCGGUGGUCUUAUUGGAUACUCUUCAGAUGAUAUCAACAAAUUUUUGUGGAUGGUCCGAAUUGGUGGCAGUACAGAAGAAGGCAAGCAUAUAAAAGAAUCUGACUAUUAUACACCACAUGGAGAGUUCCGUAUUGAUAGAGAUGGUUCACCAACUCUGCUCAACUGUCUCAUGUAUAAGAUGUGUUACUAUCGCUUUGGUAGAGUCUACACGGAAGCAGGCAAGCCCACCGGAUACGACAGGGUGCGCAACACAGAGAUUGGAAACAAAGAUUUUGAGCUGGAUGUACUGGAGGAAGCAUAUACCACUGAGCAUUGGCUUGUCAGAAUCUACAAAGUAAAAGAUUUAGAGAAUAGGGGGUUAUAGUUUGGUAUAGGUCAAAUAGUAGAAUAGUACAUCAUAGUUACCAAUUCCGAAAUAAUCAUUUUUCAGUGAUUUCAACUUCCCAUUUGGACAUGUAUAUCAUGAAGAAAUCAUAUUUUGAGAAAAUAACAAUAGUCACUGUUCUAUCAAUUCAAAGAUGGAAAAAAGGUGCAGAAAUUUGUUGAGGAUGAUACAUCUGAAGUCUGAUUUUUUUUUUUAGAAAUAGCAUUAUAAAGUAGAGGUCAUCAAAAACAGUCUUGGUGGGUGUUUCAUAAAGCUGCUUGUAAGUUAAGAGCAACUUUAAGAACGACUGGUGAUCCUUUCUUGUGGUAAAUGAUACACUCCAGAACAUGCAAAAUGUUCAUUGGCAAUGGUUUAGUGCGUAAGAAAGGAUCAUCAGUCGUUCUUAAAGUCGCUCUUAACUUCUGAACAGCUUUAUGAAAUGGCCCCUUGGGCAUCAUUCCAUAGCUGUACAAUUUGUCUAUAUUUUGGGUUUUUCAUUUGUUUUGUUUUCUAUACUUCCGCCAAACAAUUUUGAAGGGGGAAUGUAGGAAUCGGCAAAUGAUAGGUUGGGUGAUCGGGCGAUUUGUCGGUCCGUUGCAAAACUACUUCCUCUAUUUCUCUAACCAGUUCUGGUUUACACUGAAACAAAUAUAUGUUCCAAAUUUCAAAUGUGCAAGGUCCAUUUUUCGCACAUGUCUGCAAUUGUGUCUCCACGGUAAAUGUAUGACAAAAAGGAGGUAAAAAUCUCUGGUUCGAACUUAGUUCUUAGCCAGUUCUCAUGAAAUUUGGCACACACAUUGGUAUUGUAAGUAAAGAUAUGCCAGACAUUUUUUUCCGUGUGUUGGAUUAAGUGUUGCCAUGAUAGUAAUUCAUGGCAAAAAAUCCAGGGAGACUCAUUAUGGACCAAACUACUUCCCCAGUUUUUAGCCAGUGCUCAUGAAAUUUGGAACAAAUAUUAAUCUGGUGGUAAAGACAGGCAAAUUUCAUUUUCUAAAUGUGUUGGAAACUACAUUACUAUGGUAAUGGCAUAAUCAGUUUUUAUAUUUCUUUUCUUUGGAAGUUCAGAACCAGCAUUGAACCUGAUUCUAUGUGAUCUGUGAGGAUAUUUGGAUUUAAUGGUUAUUGGGAUAUAAUGAUAUCACCCUCCAGAAAAACAUCAGUCAUGUAAAUUGAAUGCUGUUGUACUCCUUGUUCGUCUCCUUUUAUCAUGAUUAAAAUCAUUAAUACUAUA